CUCUCUCUCUCUCUCUCUCUCUCUCUCUCUCUUCCUCCCUCUUUCUUUUCCCUCUUUUUCUCCGAACGGACGGGAUCUCGACGGUCCCGGUACGGAUAGAUCGAUCGUGCGAUCACGAACCCGGUCCUCCGCGACGCUCCGCGUCGGAGAGGAAGCGGCAGCCGACGCGCGCGCACCGGAUCCCCACGCUCGAGGGGAUUUCCGCUUCCACGGGAGAGAGAGAUCGUAGAUCGGGCAGACACCAGAUCCGGAUCUUCCCGUCGGCGUUGCGUUACCCUCUCUCUGUAUUUAGAGUGCAGUUACACGGCGUGAAGGGAGAGGCGAGGAGGGAGGCUCGUUCUAUUUGCAUUUUCCGCGUGCGAGAGACGAGGCGUGCGACUACGGGUUGGGGGAGGGGGUGAGGAAGAGGUACAUGGCUGGGGCCCGGACGUGGGCCUGGAGCGCUUUCUUCCGCGUCGAUUAACUCCAUCCUAUUGUCUAGUUCCCCCCCUCUAGAUCUUCUUGUAGAGACUGUCCUCUCCGCGCCUCCUUCGGAGAACGGACGAUUUAAUUGCGAGAUUUAUUACAGUCAAUUCGUGAAGAGAAAUCGGCCCUCGCGGUAGAUCCAUCUUACUUAACAGUUCGCCUUUGUACCCUCUUCUCGAGCUUGACUCCGGGCGAGAAAGAGAGAGAGAGAGAGAGAGAGUGAGAGUGAGAGAGUGAGAUUGAGCAAAGAAGGGGAAAGAGGGAGAGAAAAAAAGAAGAGAGAAAAACAGGUGCGGAGGAAACGCGGAUAGGAAGUGUGUAAAGGAGGUCCGACGAAACAAGUGUACUCGGGAGUCGUCGGAGGGCCGAAAGGGGGAGGAUCAAGAUAUCAACGCGGGAGUAACUGAAAGGGGGACCUCUCACAUUCGUUAUCAUCCGCUCCGAAAUCCCUCCGGACGCUCUCUUCCUUUUUUUCCCUCCCGUUUUAAUCUCACCUGUUCGACGAGACCCGUCGUCUCCCCUCGAUUCCCCCAUUAGCCGCACCGACCGUGAGACAAUUGGGGGGAGGGGGGGGAAGCGACGGACGAAAUUCAAAAUUCGCCUUCAGUCUUAUCGCGAACUCGUUCUCGGAUAAAAAUGUUAGACCGACACUUCCCAAUCGGAGUAUUAAAUCCGAAGAAAGAAUCGUGACGAUGACUACGACGGAUUGCCGCGAGAUAUGUGAGGUUUAUUUUCUAUUAUAUUUUCCUGCAACUGGGCUGCGCUGAAAACUUCUCUCCUCGUUCUCGCUGAAUUUCAAACAUAUAAUUAUUUCACUUUGAGUGAGACCAGUUGAAAACUUGCACACUACGAGUUCAGCUACGAAAGGCAAAAAAACAGAUUUACGACCUGUCCGUCUCUCAAUCCUCUGUCGGGAAUCUUAAUGUGUCAAGAUGACAUCUAUCUCCUCUUUAUGUGGCAUCGUCGUCAUCCUGCUCUACAGUCCGAUCGCGUAUACAUGCGAGGAGGAGAAGAAGCAAACGGAGGAGUUGAAUAUGUCCUUCGUCCGACACCCGCAGCCUUUCGCCGCGCCUCUGAGUGAUGAGAUGAGCUUUGAGUGCAUGCUCAACAUCCCCGCGGAGAAUUUCGUUUGGUAUCACAGACCCCUGGACUCGAGCAAAUGGAUAGCGCUGCCCGAACCUUCCAACAAGCAACCGUCCAAACCGUCCAACAACAACGUCGAGCAACCCAUCAAAAUGUCACGGCACAUCGUCACUGUCGACAACGAGACGAAAGCCGGAGACUACCGUUGCGUCGCGUAUUUCGGCACCAGCGGGAUAGCGUCGGAUCCAGCAAGAUUAUCGCUUGCGACGAUAGACAAAUUCUCUGACAAAAGCGAUGUCUUUAUCGAAGUGGAAGAGGGUAACACCGUACCUAUUACGUGUCCCGUACCGUAUUCCGAACCGGAGGGCAUAGUACAGUUUUAUAAAAAUAACGUGCUCAUCAAGGACACGGAGCUGGCGAACGGCAAAACCACCAUGGUCCUCAACAAUGUCAAAUUGACAGACAGUGGAUCAUAUCACUGUAGCGUUACGAAUUACAUAACGUUGGUGGUGCUUACGAGCAAUCAUAAGACCAUUUUAAACGUGUACGCGAACUUUACCUUCCAACCGCCGUAUCUCACCAAGCAACCGCAAACGCAGUAUACGGUGCCGCGCGGCAAAAAUGUCACAUUGGAAUGUUUCGGCGCCGGUUAUCCCGUGCCGCAGGUCACCUGGAGUCGCUUGGGUGGUUCUCUACCGUUAAAAUCCGUGAAAUCACCCAACGGUUUGACAUUGGUUCACGUGCAACCAUCUGAUCGCGGAGAAUACGAUUGCGCGUGGAAUAACGAGGCCGGACAGAUCAAGUCGGUGAUCAUCUUGAAAGUGGUAGAACCACCGAGGGUCACAAAACCGCCGAGACCGUGUAAGACUCUGGAGGGCGGGAAAUUGCAGCUCUCGUGCGAUGUAACGGGCGAACCGGCACCGAAAAUGGAAUGGCUUAUCAAUGGGGAACCCUUGAUGCCCAGCAAGACGGUAGAAAUGAGGGACUCCACGCUCAUCAUAUCCGAAGUCGAAAAGAAGCACGCCGGGAUCGUUCAGUGCGUCGCCAGCAAUCAGUAUGGAUCGCAUUCGGCAUACAACCUGUUGCAGGUGAAACCGAAGGAGCACGUUAUCGGUAGCAAGGCCGAAUCGAAGCCAGACUACGGGACCGUGUCCAGACAUAACAAGCAUACCAGAGGUGGCGGUAGACGCAGGAAUAAAGAAGGAAAGAAGAAGGGCGGUGCAGCAGCGGUUUUAGUACCUCCGGAUCAACCUAACGUCACAAGACUGUCCGAUGUCUCUGUCAUGGUGCGAUGGUCAGUGCCAGAGAACAAGGGUUUGCCGAUACAAUUUUUCAAAGUUCAGUACCGUGAGAUCAGUCUGAAGAUGAACGGUAAACAGGCAAAGUGGAUGACCGCCAACUCCGAGAUACCGAGCCACGUGCGAUCCUUCGAAGUGACUGACUUGCAACCCGAUCAUACCUAUCGAUUCAGGAUCGCCGCGGUGUACUCGAACAACGAUAAUAAACUGAGUCCGAAUUCUGUACGUUUUCACCUUAAUAGGGAUUCCGAUAUCGACAUCAAUAAAAUGCCGAUACCCUUGUUGACUAACACCGAGGCACUAGGACCGGACCAGGUGUUGUUGGUGUGGCAGAAUCCUGACAAGUCAGCGGAGAUAGACGGAUUUUACAUAUAUCAUCGAGCUUCCACUUCAGCUGGUGAUUAUCUGAAGACCACCGUCGAGGGAAAGAAUGCCUGCAACAUGACCAUUUUCCAUUUACUACCCGACACUACGUACGAAUUCAAAGUCCAGAGCUUCUCCGUGGAUGCAGCGUCAGAAUUUUCUCAAAUAUUGCGACAGAAAACUAAAAAGCUCAUCGUCCAGAAUCCAGUUCAGCAAGUGGUGGCGGAAAAUAAAUUAAGGCCUAACGAGAAUAACAAGAAUGUCAGUAUACAUGUCAUAAUUGGUGGAGUAUUUGGAACUUCGUGCAUCCUGAUCGCUCUCGCCUUCGCAGCAAGAUUUUUGUACAAAAGAGUGAAGUAUAAGCAGAGUCAGGAAUCGCAAAGUGAAGGUAAACCAAUAACAAAUGGACGAAUAAUGAAUGGUGGAGUCACAGACUCCAAGAUUAACAUUACGUCCAAUCCGCUUGCCGGCCUCGACACGUCCGAGGAUAUAAGGCAGCCUAAGAGCGGACAACAGUCGUCGAUGGAAAUGACGUCGUUUCUAAACGGCCAAAACAACAAUGGUAGCAACAGUGGCCAUAACAACGGCGACGCAGCCGGGUCUGACGUGAACGUCACGUCACAUAGCGAGCCGUCGUCUCUGCGCCAAGGGCCGCUGCCUAUCGAACAACGUUUGUGAGAAUGAUCGCAGCUAUAUCUGUUUUAUAGACGGUAAGAACACGAGAGACCCGAAAUUCGCAUCCUCUCGAAGAUGGACGGUGUUCACGCCGUUAAUUGAGUCUACGAAUCUUAUUAAGCGAGAACAUUGUCUCGCGGAAAGAAAAACGUAAGAGCUUGUCAACACGUUAUCUCUAAUAAGAAAACCUAACUUAUAGACUGUAUUUAACGUAUUUUGCUAUUAUCGCAACGAUGAGACUGUUGCAAGACAUUUACAGGGUGUCUUAAGUAGAUAUGCUCAAAUGUAUCGCUACUGUAGAUUGGGAUUGAUUUCGCGCACCUUACUCGGGAGAAAGAUAUGCGGUGUCGCAGAUUUCCCAGCAAAUACGAUACAUGGUUUUUUAUAUUUAAUAUAAUUGAUUAGAGUAUUGUAAAGAUUUCUUUCCACGUCUUCCGCUUAUCAGUACGAAGAUAGUAUUUCAUCGAAGUCAGCCGAAAUAGUCCCACUUUAUAGUGCAUAAUUAGAAAGUUAAAAAACGACCUGGUUUGCAUCCUACCGACAUAUUCCUUAUCUUUUCUCUUCUUUUCGUAAGAACGUUAUUAAGACCCUUGUUCGUUAAGUAGAUGUGAAAUUUAAUUAAUGUACCUGCGAAAUAACUGACUUAACUGUUACAUAUCUACUUAACGGUCGUAACUAGUGAGCACUGAAUAUAACAUUGUUUUAGUAAUUUUUCUAUCUCCCUUUCACGUUGUACACAUCACUUUCAUCACUACUUUUUAAGAAUUUUGUAAUAAAAGCUUAUGUAUAUCUAUAAAAUGCAUAACGUAAGGAUACACGAUACGUAUAGUUACAUUAACUAUUCGCCAGUGUUGAAGAGAAAGUAGUGUCACUUUACGAGAUAGAAAGUUAAUAGUAAUAUCUUUUUUAUAAAAUAAUAAUGAAGACGUAAUGGUUGAGUCAUAUAUUGUUAACGAUUAUUCUGGUGUGUAUGCCUGUUAUUUUUAUGUGUUUUCCUAGCUGCAACAAGAGAAACAAUUUAUUGAUCCAUGACCAACGCAAUACUACACGUCACGAUAUCUCUGACGGUGAUUUGUUAUCGAAAUUAUAUACAAAAUGUUUAUAUAUUGCGAGGAGACAAAAAAAUAUGUGAUGAAAUUAUAUUUUGAUAAUUGAUAUUUGCGUUAUGGCGCGGCAAAAGACGAAAACUGUAAAUACAAGUGUAUAAAUAUAAAAUUUUUCUAAAUAAAUUAUAUUUAAACGUUU